UGGACAAUCCAUUGUCAUUAUCUUCGAAACCUGCGAUGAUACCACAGCUAAUCGGUGCCGUUUUGCUACUUCAGGGAGCUACUGCUGCCCCCGGGGACUACCUGAAGAUCGUCAACGGGACGGAUGCCACGAUCGAGGACUACCCGUUCAUGAUCUCGUUGCGCAGUCGUACCGGCGGUCACUCAUGCGGUGGAAGCAUCCUCAACGAACGCUGGGUCCUCACAGCGGCCCAUUGCGUCGACUACUACUCUACGGUGUACUACCAAUCCGUGCAGGUUGGCCGCUCCGACGUGUCCCGCGAUGUCGAUGAAUCGGUCCAUUUCAUCGAGGAUGUAAUCGUCCAUCCCCAUUACAACCCGGACAACAGUUACGUAAAUGAUAUUGCCUUGAUUCGGUUGAAGACCUCGCUGGUUUUCGGCCCAACGAUUCAACCGGUUCGGCUACCCACUUUGAAGUGGUCCGAGGUUGAGGAAUCAAACAGGGAUGUGACCCUAAUUGGAUGGGGACGGCUAGAAUCGGACGGAGCAUUGCCAACCAGGCUGCAACAGGUUGACUACUUUGCGGUUCCGAAUGAGCAGUGCAACGAGUUCCAUCGGAGUCACAUCUACCCGAGCCAUAUUUGUGCCGCAGUUCCCGAGGGUGGAAAGGGUCAGUGCAGUGGUGAUUCUGGUGGUCCUCUGCUCCACAAUGGGGUUCAGGUUGGAAUCGUUUCCUGGAGUGUUAAACCGUGCGCUGUUGCACCGUACCCAGGGGUAUUGACGAAGGUUUCCUACUAUUUGGACUGGAUCAACGAGAACAUGUACUGAUGAUGGAUUUAUCAGUGUUUUGUAGUCUAGAGAUAAGAUGGAUGUAUUGUUUUAAAAUCGAUUGAAGUGGAUUGGAAGUGGACUAAAAUAUGACAACAAUUUCGUAAUUCAA